AUAACAUGACUCUCUCACCCCCCCUAUUAUAUAAAUUCCUCAUUCACAAAAAACCACAAAACAUUAAACAAAAGCUUCUCUUGAAACAUAAGCCUCUUUGUCUCUCCUCUGGCUCAUAUAUAUAGUACUACACUAGCUCGCCGGAAAAUCAAGAACCAUGGCCUCCACCUGCAUUUCAACUUGUGUUAACGACGUCGCCGGGAGAGUAGCACCGGUAAGAGCCACAUACGUAAACCUCUAUAAAUGGCCAGAAUCCGAUGCAGAAUUCAUAAGGUCCGUUAGUUCAAGAAUGAACCAUGUCAACAACACUAGUAGGAGUACUAUUCAUCCUCCAAAAGUGGUGGACAGUAUUUCAUGCAGGCAAUUAUACUUAAGAAGCUACACAUUUUCAAGAGAAGAAGAGUUGUUGAAUGACAAGACAUCAAUGAAAUGCUAUGGAAAAAAGAAAAAAAGUCGUAGUACUACUAGUGGUGGACCUGGUGGUGGCCGAAGAAGUAAAAAAUGUAAAGGGCUUAGAAAGGCUAAAGAGAUAUCGUACGUUGCUUUUGCAUCCAUUUUCCGGCGAUUAUUAUCGUGCACCGUUAAGGUUGAUGUGGUUGGUUAAUUAUGUUAAUUAUUACUGAAUUAGUAGUGGUAAUUUAAAUAAUUUUCAUUUCAUUUUCUUAAUAAUUUUCCGUGUUUCAUUUCA